CUAAAGUCAAGUCCAAAUGUGCAAGAAGAUAUUUCUUUGUAACGGCUUUCUUCCUUUUCUCCUAUAUAUAUCUGAUGCAAGCUAGCAUAUAUGGAAAAACACGGAGACAACCAUAUCUCAAUAUAUACCUGCAGUAUUUUUGCAUUAUCGAUCAAUUAACAUGAAGGGCGACGGAAGGUGCUUGAAACUCUUUCUUGCAUUAUCGAUCCUUUUCCUACAAAACGUAAAAGGAGGAGAAGUUGGCCACAGCCACAGCCACAGCCACAGCCUCAGAGAUGCUAAAGUGACAGUGAGGAGGUGCAUAGAGAGGGAAAGGCAAGCACUACUUGCAUUCAAACGUGGCCUGGUGGAUGACAGUGAGGUGGAUGAGUCCAAUCCUCUCUCAACUUGGGGUUCAGAAGCCGAGAAACAAGAUUGUUGCAGAUGGGAAGGAGUCUAUUGUAGCAACCAAACUGGCCAUGUGAUUCAACUUCAUCUUGAAUAUUCUUCCUAUGAUGAGAUGAUUCUUGGAUAUUCUUUCCAAGGUAAGAUGAUUAGUCCUAAACUGAUUGAGUUGCAGCAUUUACAAUAUUUGCACCUUGCAUCCAUUGAUUUCUAUGAGAGCCAAAUUCCUGAUUUCAUUGGUUCUCUAACCAAUCUAAGAAACCUCAGUCUCUCUUCCUGUAAUUUGGUUGGUCAAAUUCCAAGUUCGUUUGGAAACCUCACGCAAUUGCAAUAUCUCGACCUCAGCUAUAAUUAUCAGCUUCAACCAGAAAAUCUCAAUUGGCUCCCUGCCCUUUCUUCUUUAACGUAUUUGGACCUUUCAGUCAUUGAUUUCAAUGGGAGCCAAAUUCCCGAUUUCAUUGGUUCUCUAACCAAUCUAAGAAACCUCAGUCUCAGAUUCUGUGAUUUGGUUGGUCCAAUUCCAAGUUCGUUUGGAAACCUCACGCAAUUGCAACAUCUCAACCUCGGCUAUAAUCAGCUUCAACCAGAAAAUCUCAAUUGGCUCCCUGCUCUUUCUUCUUUAACGUUUUUGGACCUAAGCGAAAACUUCAAUGGGAGCCAAAUUCCCGAUUUCAUUGGUUCUCUAACCAAUCUAAGGUACCUCAGUCUCAGUUUCUGUAAUUUGGUUGGUCCAAUUCCAAGUUCGUUUGGAAACCUCACGCAAUUGCAACAUCUCAACCUCGGCUAUAAUCAGCUUCAACCAGAAAAUCUCAAUUGGCUCCCUGCUCUUUCUUCUUUAACGGAUUUGUACCUAGCCGGAAACUUCAAUGGGAGCCAAAUUCCCGAUUUCAUUGGUUCUCUAACCAAUCUAAGAAACCUCAGUCUCAGAUUCUGUGAUUUGGUUGGUCCAAUUCCAAGUUCGUUUGGAAACCUCACGCAAUUGCAACAUCUCGACCUCAGCUAUAAUCAGCUUCAACCAGAAAAUCUCAAUUGGCUCCCUGCUCUUUCUUCUUUAACGUUUUUGGACCUAAGCGAAAACUUCAAUGGGAGCCAAAUUCCCGAUUUCAUUGGUUCUCUAACCAAUCUAAGGUACCUCAGUCUCAGUUUCUGUAAUUUGGUUGGUCAAAUUCCAAGUUCUUUUGGAAACCUGACGCAAUUGCAAAAUCUCGACCUCAGCAAUAAUCAGCUUCAACCAGAAAAUCUCAAUUGGCUCCCUGCUCUUUCUUCGUUAACGGAUUUGGACCUAAGCAGAAACAAUCUCAGUACUGUUUUCGAUUGGCCAGAAGCAGUACUUAAUAAGCUCCCUAAACUAGUAGUAUUGGCCUUGGAGAACUGUAGUCUUCCUCCUCCUCCUCCUCCUCCUACUCUUUACAAAACAAAUUCUUCUACAUCUCUUGCGUAUGUUGAUCUCUCUGACAACCAUCUCACUUCUUCAAUAUUUCUUUGGUUGUCCAACUACAGUACAAGCCUUGUUGCUCUUGGCCUCUCCAACAAUCAUCUAUCUGGUUUCAUUCCCAAUUUCAUUGGAAACAUGAGCUCUCUUGUGGAUCUGGAUCUCUCCAACAAUAAUCUAACUGGUUUCAUUCCCGAUUUCAUUGGAAACAUGAGCUCUCUUGUGCAUCUGGAUCUCUCUGACAACCACAUUGAAGGAGCGAAUCCAAAUUCGUUUGCAAGGCUGUGUAAUUUGCAAACAUUGUCGCUUCAAACAAAUCAUCUGAGUGGACAAUUAUCCAAGUUUGUUCAACUAUUGCCUAGAUGUGCACAAAACUCGUUAAAGGAUUUGCAACUGUCUGAGAAUGUUCUUGCGGGGUCAUUAAACAAUCUUACAAGCUUCUCAUCUUUGGGAUUCUUGAAUCUUAGCGCCAAUCAAUUAAGCGGAAAAAUACCUGAAAGUAUUGGGCAAAUGUCCAAACUAUGGUGCAUCGAUUUCAGCAUGAACUCUUUGGAAGGGGUGGUUUCUGAAACUCAUUUCUCAAAACUCUCUGAUUUAUAUCAGUUGGAUUUAUCCUAUAACUCACUAGUUUUAAAUUUUCAUUCUGAUUGGGUUCCUCCCUUCCAGUUGAAUUACAUAUAUUUGGCCUCCUGCAAUGUCGGUCCUCUUUUCCCAAAAUGGCUUCAAACUCAAAAUGAUUCUUACCAUCUUGAUAUUUCUAAUGCUGGAAUUUCUGAUAUCCUUCCAAGUUGGUUUUGGAGUAAUUUUCGUAACGCGGAAAUUAUUAAUCUCUCACAAAACCAAAUAAGAGGAAUAGAAGGUUCAAUUCCCUCAAUUCCGUCAGAAGUCCAUCAUCUGGAUCUCUCUAAUAAUAACAUUUCAGGGUCGCUUUCUUUCCUAUGUGCAAGUGCAGAUAUGAGUUUAACAAUUCUUAAUCUUUCAAGCAACAGUUUUUCUGGAGAACUUCCAGAUUGCUGGAGCCAUUUGGAGACUCUAGUCAUGCUUGAUUUGAGUUACAAUGCUUUUUCUGGAAAAAUGCCCAUGACAAUAGGCUCUUUAUUUCAAAUGCAAACUUUGAAAUUAAGACGCAACCGAUUUGUUGGAGAAUUGCCUUCAUCGUUGAAGAACUGCGCAAGUUUAGAAGUUAUUGAUCUGGGAGAUAAUAAAUUAUCAGGACCAAUACCUGCAUGGUUAGGUGUGAGCUUCAAGAAUUUGGUUAUCCUUAUGCUUUCUACUAAUCACUUCAAUGGAAGCAUGCCCUCGCAAUUAUGCCAUCUAACACACAUUCAAAUUAUGGAUUUCUCUAUGAACAACAUCUCUGGAAGCAUACCCAAAUGCCUCAAAAAUUUGACUACUCUGGCUCAAAAAGGAAAUCCAAGUCUAUCCAGCACACGUAUUCAUGGCGGAAGUGAGGUUAAUGGGUCAAUUGCUCCUACUAAUUAUGACAAUGAUGCAAGCUUCAUAUGGAAAGGAAGAAUGCAGACAUACAAAAGCACUUUGGGCCUUGUGAAGAGAAUUGAUCUCUCAAGCAACAGAUUAACAGGGGAGAUUCCAGGUGAAAUCAUGCAUCUUGUUGGGUUGAUUUCUUUAAACCUUUCGAGAAACCAGUUAAUGGGUCAAAUAACUCCAGAGAUCGGAAACUUGGAGUCAUUGGAUUCGCUUGAUUUAUCAAGAAACCGGAUAGAUGGAAGAAUUCCGACAAGCCUUGCUCAGAUAUAUCGUCUUAGUUUCUUGGACCUGUCAUAUAACAACUUGUCUGGCAAAAUACCAACAGGCACCCAGCUCCAAAGCUUUGAUCCCCUUGAUUAUGCUGGAAAUCCUCAACUCUGUGGACCUCCACUUAAAAAGAUGUGUGCUGAUCAAAAUGAGCCAACUGACUUGAGCAAUGAAGAGGAUAAGGAUGAGUUUAUAACGCUGGGAUUUUACAUCAGUAUGGCGAUUGGAUUUGCUGUUGGAUUUUGGGGAGUUUGCGGCACUUUGAUAUUCAACAGGUCAUGGAGAUAUGCAUACUUGAAGUUCUUGAAUGGUUUAAAUGAUUGGCUCUAUGUGAAGAUAGCUUUGAGCAAGCGGCAACUGAAGCCAACAUAAACUUAAUAGAUAAGCUCGCCACGCUGCAGCAUCUAAAUUAGGAGAAAAGUAGCUGUAGCUGAAUGCUUCCUUUUAGUUCAAGUGAGGAAGAUUGCCAGUACGCGCAUGCACAGGUAUCUGGAGAAGAGUUUAUGAGUUAAUUUGGAGUGCUUAGUAGGAAUAAACGUGAUUUAUAUUGGUGUUAAUUACUUGUCAGAACAAUUAAUUCGGAGUUCUCCGAUUUAUGUAUUUUUUUUUUUUUUUGUUUAUUUAGAGAAAUAAACAGAUCCAUGCAGAUCCAAUCAUAACAUGGGCAAUUAUAAUUAUACAUGAAGAACACUGCCCCAGAGGACGGUUCUUGCAAACAAUAAAUCAUACAAAUAAGCAAGACAGUACAAUUAAAGCAAGAACAGUGAGCAAAAGCCAAGCUCACUCCGAUUAAUGUAUUAAUUCCAGCUAUAGUGUUAUUUUAAUUACCUAAGCCAAAGCCAAAGCAGACUUGAUUUCAAAUUACAAUGUGUGGCUCUGUUUUGGUCAUCUAUUUGCAACGUACAGCUUCUCCUUGUAAAUUGGGGGUCAGCUUCUCCUUGUAAAUUUGUGGCUCUGUUUUGGUCAUUCUUUCCUUUCAUAAUUCAACAUCUUGUUCUGGCCACAUGGUAGAAGAUGCCUUUUUGUAAACAGACUUUCUGUAUUUGGCCAGGCUUGCAAUGCUCUAUUUUGUGGAUUUUAAGAUUGUAUUAGGCUUACUUGUGAGCUGCAAAAUGCCUUGUACCAAAAUUUAUGUAUAAAAUGUGUGCUAAAUUGUGUGGAGUAGAAGAUUGAAGGUC